AUGACCACCACCCAACAUCGUCUCCUCUCUCGACUUUACCAGGACCUCGCCGAACUUCAUGAGAAUCCGUACCCAGGCGUUGUCGUCUUCACUGACGAUGCAAACCUCCGGAAAUUCUGCCUCGUGCUUGUCCCACCUAGCGGCCCUUGGAAAGACCUAGCGUUGCAUUUCGACGUUGAACUACCAGAGCAAUGGCCGUCAUCUCCCCCCAGAAUCGCAUCUAGUGUGCAUGAUAUAGACCACCCCAACCUUUUUGGAAGUUAUAUCUGCUGCGAUUUGUUGAAACCGCAAACAUCUUAUCAUUAUGGGACUGGGUACACUGGAGGUUAUUCUCCAGCGUUGACACUCCGUGGUCUCUUCCUUCAAUUCUUAACCUUCUUCUCGAGCACCAAGGUCGAGCAGGACUAUGGUGGGGAUCCAGUUGAGAUUGGGGACCACAUCCUCACGAACUACAUGAAGGAGAGCGAGAUGGUGCAGAGAAGCAUAAUGCCUUGGAAAGGCUGUUGCCGUGACCAAUAUUUUUGCUCGUGUGGUGGCUUGAAAACCGAUCAGCUGGCUUUGGAGAGGCUCUGGAAGGCCAAUAACACUCCGGAAACCAAGCUCGCCGAAUAUGCGAUCCCUGGACCUGUCAUUCAUACAACGAAGGGAAGCAGUGCCCAUCCUGACAGGUUGCAUAAAUUCGAGCAGCCUAACCCGCUCUGGUCGUCUACAUUGUCACAAAUCUCUUGUUGGCAAUGUAAGAAGUGCCCAUAUGGUUCAGAGGACUUUCCUCACCUUCAGCGAGGUUUGGAAAAGGGCUCAAAGGACGACUCGUACCUCUUCGCCUUGUCCAGGCCUCCCACCGUGUGUCAACUUGGCAUGUUAAACGACGACGUUCUGACCGAAAUUGCUUCGCAACUAACUUCGGAAUCCGUCAUUUCUUUCGGGAAAGCAUACCCCCGCUUUCGAGAGCUUGUCUCAUCUCACCACAUUCUUCUCAGCCGAGAGCUACGAUGUUUCUUCUUGCGAAUUCCACUCCGUGAUUGCGUCCUCGGUGUCGGUGUCGCAUUUGAUGAAGGUCCCCGCAUUUUGUCAUCCGAUUUCGAUUGGCUUAGCAUGGAGGCAUUCAACCGCCACAAUGUUCGAAUGAGUAUUGAAAAGAGGGCCUUCAAAUACUUCCUUCCGUUAGCUUUCAACCGCGCUCACUUUGAGCGGGCACAUAGCAGCAUUUGGUCUCACUUGGUUGCCCUGGACAACAAUGUUCGUGCUGUUGAGGAACGCAUUCAGGCGAAGCACAAUAAAAAUUCAAGGCCAAAGGCGUCUGUUCCUCGUCAACCACACGAGUCCGUGGGUAUCAUUUACAAAAUGAUGAAUAACAUAGUUGUGUCAUUGAUGAAGUCUUGCGACGACGUCCUGAUCACUUCGCGCUCCAGGUCGGGUUAUGCCCAGCCGACGCUCCUUCACGCUUCGGAAAAGGCCGUCAUCUCCUACUGCCAUCUCUUCCACCUGCUUAUCUGCCUUUGCCGCAAGAAUCCCCUCAUUCUCCGCGAUGCCACAGCUCGACUCGGACGCUUCAUCCACCAGCCUGCAUCCCGCAUCAAGGCCCAGGUUCCAGACUUGGGCGAGCUCAUUGUCCUGGUUAUGCUUGUCCUCAUCCUCCCGUCUGCCGAUCAAGGACCACCCAUCACUUGGGCUAUUCUCAAUGGUCCUUUUCUGGAAGAAGCGAUCAUCCGCAACGUUCGAUGGGUUCUCAAGGACGCCCCGCAGCUGGAAGUCCUUGAACAAGGAGUCAGCGAGUACCGCCUCGCAACCACCUUUUCCAAAUCGAAGACCAGCCUCCGCCUCAUGAUGUUCCAAAUCACCUUCGUCGACUUGUUCAUCAAGACGUACGGUCAGACUGGCAUCUCUCGCCUUGAUGAGAAUUACGGGUUUGCGGAACCAGAACUGCCUGAAAGCAUGGUGGACGAAAUCAAGGAAAUCUACAAUGUGGAAACUUGGCCCGCUUUCUUCAAUAGGGUACGAUAUGCGCGGGGGCUGCAGUUCACAAAGGAAAAGUUCUCAGACCUGUUGAGGCUAGCUGUGCGCACGAGCAGUGAACGGGGUUACCAUACCAAGUCCCGCGACAUGCAUAAUUUGCAGUUCACCCGAAACCAGUUGGAGAAGGCGUGGUUAAAUGCGCAGAACCAGAGACGCUGA